UUUGUUUUGUUUUUUUUUUGCGGGGGUGCUGUGAAGAGUUGUCGCUUUUUAUGACAGCGAGGGCACAAGGCGAGCGAGGAGGCGGAAUCGUCUCGGCAGCCGCUGCAUUUUGUUGGAAGCCGCUCGGGGGUUCAUUAAUAUCAUUAGCAUUUAACCCCCUCCCUGCCCCCUCCCCUCGCCAGCGCGGGGUGACGUCACGCGGCGGCAGGAGUUGGGGGGAAAGCGAGGGAAGCUCAGUGGGCAAGGGGCGUCCCUCUCCCCUCCCCGCCGCUGCCUGUCACAGCCUCUCUGCUGAUAUUAUAGGGGCCGAAGCCUGGAGCUCAAAGCGCGAAGUCAGCCAGUGUAAUGAACUUCUGGAAACCUUUCCCUUUUUAUACCAUUCAGUUUCUGAGAGGCAGAGACUGCCUCCUCUGACGCCUUUUCCCCCCUUCCAUUAUUUUUCCAGGCUCUGAUCUCCCUGCUUGCUGCACCGAGGCGCUCGGCGCAGAGCCCCGCUCCCUAUCCUACCUUCUCCUUCCCCUCAUUGUUGUCCUGGCUGCUGUGGCUCUCGCUUGCCUUCCAGGAGCGCGGUGGCGAGCACAGUCGCACCCCCAGCACCCUCCCAGGGUCCCGAGAGCAUCUACUCGCAGAGGGGCAGCCAGCGGCCGCCGACUUUGGGUCACUUCGUUGGGUUUUUUUUCUUUUUUCCUGUUUUUUUUUUCUUUUUUUUUUCCAUUUUGCUCCACUUUUCUUCCCCCCACCCCCUUUCCGCGUCCCCGCAGCGUGUCCCCUUCCCUCGGGAGGACAUCGCUGGGGGAGCGGGGCUGCGGCGAGGAUGUGCCGGCCCCCGCGGCGGAGCCAGCAGUGAGCACCCAAGGGAGGCACCUGCCCCGCGGAGCAGGGGGGCCCCCGAGGGGGCCGCACCGCCUCGCCCCGGCGCCGACACUUCGCCCCGAGUUUAGCGACUCACGGGGGCUUCGAGCAUGAGCAAGCCGGCGGGAUCAACAAGUGGGUAAUAACGCGGUGGAGGCUUCGAGCAGCCUUUCCGAGGCCGGCUGCAGCCUGGCCUGGGGGGCGGGAGGUGGAGGGGAGGGAGAGGAAGGGGAGGGGGGGUUGUGGCUUGGGUUUGCACCCCCCCACACCCCGCGCCCAAUUGAAAAAGAAGUGUAUAUUUGCAACCGGAGUGGCAACGAAUAUAUAGGCUCGGGGUUGCCCCGAUGGAGUUUGGGCCUGAGGCUUACAAAAAGCCGUUUUCCAGCUGCAUGCCCCGGUGUUCCGGGCUAGGAACCGGGGCAGAAGCCCGUGGGCAGCGAGCACCCGGGAAGGAGACUCCGCCGACGGCGGGGAGGGGGCUGGUCCCGCCGGGACGCGGCCGGUUACGUGCGGGUCUCCGGCGCAAAGGUCGCAUUUUAGACAUCCCUUGCAAAGUGUGUGGGGACCGCAGCUCCGGAAAACACUAUGGGGUUUACGCCUGCGAUGGGUGCUCGGGAUUUUUCAAGCGGAGCAUCAGGAGGAAUAGGACCUAUGUUUGCAAAUCAGGAAAUCAGGGAGGCUGCCCGGUGGACAAGACGCACAGGAACCAGUGCCGAGCCUGCCGGCUGAAGAAGUGCUUGGAGGUCAACAUGAACAAAGAUGCGGUGCAACACGAGCGGGGUCCCCGGACGUCGACGAUACGGAAGCAGGUGGCCCUCUACUUCCGCGGGCACAAGGAGGAGGGCGGCGGAGCCCCGCACUUCCCCGCUGCCGCCCUGCCAGCACCCGCCUUCUUCACCGCCGUCUCCCAGCUAGAGCCCCAUGGCCUGGAGCUGGCCGCUGUCACUGGCACCCCUGAGAGACAGGCUCUGGUGGGCCUGGCACAGCCCACCCCAAAGUACCCACAUGAAGUCAACGGUACCCCUAUGUAUCUCUACGAAGUGGCCACUGAAUCUGUCUGUGAGUCAGCAGCCAGACUUCUAUUCAUGAGCAUCAAGUGGGCCAAGAGUGUGCCAGCCUUCUCCACCUUGUCCUUACAAGACCAGCUGAUGCUUUUGGAAGAUGCUUGGAGAGAACUGUUUGUUCUAGGAAUAGCACAAUGGGCCAUUCCAGUUGAUGCUAACACUCUACUGGCUGUAUCUGGCAUGAAUAGUGACAAUACAGAUUCUCAGAAGCUGAAUAAAAUUAUUUCAGAAAUACAGGCCUUACAGGAGGUUGUGGCUAGAUUUAGACAACUUCGGCUAGAUGCUACUGAAUUUGCCUGUCUCAAAUGCAUUGUCACUUUUAAAGCUGUGCCCACACACAGUGGUUCUGAACUGAGGAGUUUCCGAAAUGCGGCCGCCAUAGCAGCCCUUCAAGACGAAGCCCAGCUCACCCUGAACAGCUACAUUCAUACCAGGUAUCCCACACAACCCUGUCGUUUUGGAAAACUUCUAUUGCUUUUACCAGCUUUACGUUCAAUUAGUCCAUCUACAAUAGAAGAAGUAUUUUUCAAAAAGACAAUUGGGAAUGUACCAAUUACAAGACUGCUUUCAGAUAUGUACAAAUCCAGUGACAUAUAAAUUACCUUAAAAUAAACAAUCAGGAUGGACAGUUUGAGAAGAACUUUUAUCUAUGGAGAAUAAGCCUCAACUAACAAAAUCUACAGGAAGCAUAAGCCUGGGAAUGUUUAGUCCUUAAACUCAUUGACAAAAAAUACCCCAGUAGAUAUGAUUCUGCUGCUCUGAACGGAGUGAUUUAGAUCAUGGAGAGAAUGCUUUGUUCUACAGAAAAAGUGAAAGUGGUUGGAAUUUGGCUGCUAUUCCUGUUACUACAGGAUGGAGGCAAUUCAGAUGCCAGUCAUAGUUAACAAAGACUCUGCUAUUCUCUCAUUCAACUGGCAGAUCUGAGACAAAAUGUGAAAGAAGGUACUUUAGCUUGUUCAGUAUUUGGAACCGGGUGACCAAACUUGGCUUCUGUUAUAACACAAGAUGUGGUGGCCUUCAGAAUUGUUUUAAAAGUAGCCUAUGUUGGGAAAAUGCUUUUAAUAUGAUAGGCAACAUUUGAGACUAAGUUACCAAAACAUUGCUUCUGCUAUAAUGCAUCAUGAAGUGGCCUUCAGAACUGAUUAAAAGGUAGCUUAUGACCCCAGCUCCAUUCUUCCUACAAAAUGAACUGGUGAUCUUUGAUGCAGAUGUCACCACAAUUUGUUCGGCUAACAUCUCAAAGACAGAAGAGCUUUAUACAUUUCCUCCCCGACCUUCCCUCCUUCUUCUUCCAUGCACAGACAUACAUUCAAACACACACACACACACACACCUGAAAAGAGACAACACAAGAAAGGAAGACUAAAACAGCAAAACCAAAUACAAUGGAGAUGACCGCUUCAGUGAUCUGCUGGCUGUCCUGUUGGCACAGUGCUGAAACCAAAGGCAACGGUGGCCAAACUCUUUGUCAAUGAGAUGUGCAGAGAAAUGAAAUGACUAUAAAAAAAAUCAGUGGAAGGAAUUUUAUUUCAAAGAAAUAAAGGUUGUUGACUGAUAAAAUGCUAACAAUUUCCAGAAGUCUCCAAUGCCUUUUUAGAAAACUCCAGGUUCUAAUUUUGAAGCCUUGUUCGCCUACACCCUCUCACACACAAAAAUGUUAUAAGCUGCUUAUUUGUUGUAUGAAUAAUGUAGAAAAAAAACCAUUUAAAGAUAGCUGCUGUCCUUUUCAAAAUUUGAUUUGUUAUUAGGAACUAGCACUGAGAAAGAUCAGCACUUGAACUAUCAUAGAAUGAGUAAAACUUUUCUUGUACAAAGUGGAUUAACUGAUUUGUGAAGUUAAAAAGUUGUACUCAUUGUAUUUACAAAGAAUAAAAAUAUAUUGAAUUUAAA